CUCAGGCUAACUCGCUUUUUGGGCUUUGGUUCACCAUGGAAACCUCCACGACCGCUCGGAGCCAACGAUGCUCCAUCAUACGGACCUGCAAAAGCGCUCUCUCCCUCUGGCUGGUGGUGUGGCUGCUCCUCGGUAAGGCCAACCCAGCUUCGGCGUGUCCACAUCACUGCGUGUGCUACCCAACGCCGAUGACGGUGAGCUGCCAGGCGCAGAACUUCACUGCCGUCCCGGUGGGAGUGCCCUACGAAUCGCAGCGCGUUUUCCUGCAGAACAACCGGAUCACUGAGCUCAGAGUCGGUUCUUUUGGCUUCGGAACUCAGGUUCUGUGGCUAUUCUCAAACAACAUCACAUGGAUUGAGGGAGGGGCCUUCAGUGAGCUGAGGGAUUUGGAGGAGUUGGACCUUGGAGAUAACCCUAACCUCCACAGGCUGGAAGGGGGAGCUUUCCGUGGCCUGGAGAAGCUCCAGAGCCUCCAUAUGCACCGCUGCAGACUCACUGCCCUGCCCCAUGACAUAUUUCAUAAACUCUACAGCCUGCAAUUCCUGUACCUGCAGGAGAACCAUCUCCACUUCCUGCAAGAUGACAUCUUCUCUGACCUCAUCAACCUCAGCCAGCUCUUCCUGCAUGGCAACCGUAUCCGCACCAUCUCAGAGAAUGUUUUCCAUGGCCUGGUGAAUCUUGACCGCCUCCUCAUUCAUGACAAUCGCAUCAGACAGGUCAACCGCCGGGCCUUCCGUGACUUGGGCCGCCUGACCAUGCUCUUUCUCUUUAACAACUCCUUGGCUGAGCUGCCCAGUCAAACCUUGAGAGACACCCAGGGCAUCCAGUUUCUCCGCCUCAAUGCCAACCCCUGGGCCUGCGGCUGUGAGUCUCGCCCCAUGUGGGAGUGGUUCCGUGAGGCGCGCGUUUCCUCCUCUGACGUGAUUUGUGCCUCCCCUUCCACCCGCCGCGGCCAGGACCUGCGCUUCCUUCGGGAGAUGGAUUUCGCCCUCUGCCCCCUGCCUGACCCUGGUUCCAUCGCUGGUUCAACCACCACCACCUUCAGCACCAAAACCCGCUGGUGGUUCUCCAAGAACAAGCCCCAGUCUUCCACCAAGGGCGUCUUUGAGAAGACCUCCGAAACGGUCAAAGCCGGUUUGUAUGGAAAAGGCCCGUCCACCUCCACCUCAGUGGUCAAGUAUGAGCUGGGUGAAGAAGAGCUGGCGCUGCCCAAAGUUGACUCAGAAGAGUACUGGACCAACUACGGAAAUGAGGAUUCUGGUGUCACCCUUCGCUGCUUCGAGCUUGAAUGCCCACCAGACUUCGAUCUCCCUCCCUCUUCCUCCUCAUCCCUCUCACCCUCUCUCCUCUCACUCCUGAUACUCUCUGUUUUCACAGUCACCCUUAGCCUCCACCUCCUAUUUGGCUGA